AUGUUAGUGGUGACGAUCAGUGUGCAGCACUGUAAUGCAGCCAUUUUGACGCGCGCGAUCGAGGCACAGAAGACGCUAGUCGAGCGGGAGGAGCAACUGCUCGGGCAAGCCAAGGAGGAGAUGUACAGGAGGGCACAGAACGCACUCGAGACGUCCCGUGAUGCCGUUUCGAGCGUUGCAGAUCAGGUGCGCUACACGCUGCUGUCGCCGUGGCGUGUGGCUUCCGAGGCGCUCGAGCGGCCAAAGUUGUACGCAAAGUAUCUGCUGUCGAAAUCGUUUCCCAAACCGGCGGACGAGGCAGCGCCGGCCGUUGUGGAUCUGAACGAUAGCGAGGCUUCCAGCUCGUUCGGGCAGCUGAUGUCCAACGUGCCCGUCGUGCGGUUGUUCUUCAACGAAGCCUCAACCGAAUCCAGCGUUCAAACGAAACCAAGUUCACUCAUCGAAAUGUCGGAACCGAGCCCGGCCACGUCGGAAACAUUGUUAUCACCAUCGGCGGAACCCGAAAAAAUAACGCCGAUGAAAGUGAUUCUACUCUAA